AUGGCGUCACCGAGGGGGCGGGGCCGGGCCGCGCCCGAGGAGCGCUGCCCUGCCCGCUCUCCGCUCCCCUCUCCCGCUCCGUCGCUGCCGCCCGUCCCUAUCCGGGCUCCCGGCGCUGCUCCCGCCCCCGGCGCCUGCGCCCAGCGCCGCUUCCUGGUGUCGGCGGGGCCGGGGCUGUGGGCGCGGGGCGCGGCGGGCGCCGAGGUGGCGGCGGCGCGUCCCGGGGCGCUGGAGGAGGAGAUCGUGUCCGAGAAGGCGGCGGAGGAGAGCCACCGCCAGGACAGCGCCAACCUGCUGGUGUUCAUCCUGCUGCUCACCCUCACCAUCCUCACCAUCUGGCUCUUCAAGCACCGCCGCGCUCGCUUCCUCCACGAGACCGGGCUGGCCAUGAUCUACGGUGUCCUGGUUGGCGUGGUCCUGCGCUACGGCAUCCACGUCCCCAGCGACGUCAACAACGUCACCCUGAGCUGCCAGGUGCAGAGCAGCCCGGCCACGCUGCUGGUGAACGUCAGUGGCAAGUUCUAUGAGUACACCCUGAAGGGGGAAAUCAGUGCCCAGGAGCUCAACAACGUCCAGGAUAAUGAGAUGCUGAGGAAGGUGACUUUUGAUCCUGAAGUAUUCUUCAACAUUUUGCUUCCCCCCAUUAUAUUUUAUGCAGGCUACAGCUUGAAAAGGAGGCACUUCUUCAGAAACUUGGGAUCCAUCCUGGCAUAUGCUUUCCUUGGCACCGCCAUUUCCUGCCUGGUGAUUGGCUCUGUGGUGUACGGCUGCGUGGCGCUGAUGAAAGUCACCGGGCAGCUCGGGGGAGAUUUCUACUUCACUGACUGCCUCCUGUUUGGGGCCAUCGUGUCAGCCACUGACCCAGUGACUGUCCUUGCCAUAUUCCACGAGCUGCAGGUCGAUGUGGAGCUGUAUGCCCUUCUCUUUGGCGAGAGCGUCCUCAACGAUGCCGUUGCCAUAGUGCUGUCUUCCUCAAUAGUUGCGUAUCAGCCAGCGGGUGACAACAGCCACACAUUUGAUGUCACAGCAAUGUUCAAGUCCAUCGGGAUCUUCCUGGGGAUAUUCAGUGGAUCUUUUGCAAUGGGAGCAGCUACUGGAGUUGUGACAGCUUUAGUCACCAAGUUCACCAAACUUCGGGAGUUCCCCUUGCUGGAGACUGGCUUGUUCUUCCUGAUGUCCUGGAGCACAUUCCUGCUGGCUGAAGCGUGUGGCUUUACAGGUGUGGUGGCUGUGCUCUUCUGUGGGAUCACACAGGCUCAUUAUACCUAUAACAACUUAUCUACAGAGUCCCAACACAGAACUAAGCAGUUGUUUGAGCUUCUGAAUUUCUUGGCAGAAAACUUCAUCUUCUCCUACAUGGGACUUGCACUGUUCACCUUCCAGAACCAUGUCUUCAACCCUACCUUUGUGGUGGGGGCCUUUCUUGCUAUCUUCCUAGGAAGAGCUGCCAACAUUUACCCAUUGUCAUUUUUACUGAAUUUGGGGAGAAGAAAUAAGAUUGGAACGAAUUUGCAGCACAUGAUGAUGUUUGCUGGGCUGCGUGGAGCCAUGGCCUUCGCGCUGGCCAUCCGCGACACGGCCACCUACGCGCGGCAGAUGAUGUUCAGCACCACCCUGCUCAUCGUCUUCUUCACUGUCUGGGUGUUCGGCGGGGGCACCACGGCCAUGCUGUCCUGCCUCAACAUCCGGGUCGGUGUGGAUGCAGACCAGGAGAACGUGGGGGUCCCAGAGAGCGAGAGGAGGAGCACGAAGGCUGAGAGCGCUUGGCUUUUCCGCAUGUGGUACAACUUCGACCACAACUAUCUAAAGCCUCUCCUGACACACAGUGGUCCCCCUCUGACCACCACACUCCCAGGGUGCUGUGGGCCUGUUGCCCGGUGCCUGACGAGCCCACAGGCGUAUGAGAACCAGGAGCAGCUGAAGGACGACGACUCCGACCUCAUUCUGAACGACGGGGACAUCAGCCUGACGUACGGGGACUCGGCGGUGAGCGCCGACGCCGUGGCGCCCAGCGGCGCGCCCCGGCGCUUCGCGGGGAACGGCUCCGAGGACGCCCUGGACCGCGAGCUGGCUUUUGGGGACCACGAACUGGUGAUCCGGGGAACGCGCCUGGUCCUGCCCAUGGACGAUUCGGAGCCCCCCUCAAACGUCCUGGACAGCGCGAGACACGGCCCAGCCUAAGGUUGCUCGGUUUAAUUGACAGUAAUAUUUGCAUAUAUGAUCAAGAAGUAUGUACUACCUAAAGUCUAAUGCAUGUCUCAAAAUGUCUAAGCUGUAUAAAUAUUAUUUAUAUGGUGUCAAAAGAAUAUAAAUAUUCUCUGCCAAGCACUUGUAAAGAACAAGCUGCAAAUUUAAGUUAAAAACUGUGUUGACUGCACUAUGUAGGGUGGAACUGUUUUAGCGUCAGAGUCUUUUGCACACAGUGAGCUUUGUUAAUGUGUGAUUUGAUGAAGGGUUUAGUUCCCAGCGGGUGAGUAAAGGAGCUGUGACUCCCUGUUCAUCCUUUGAACCUGGGAGAGGAGGGUAGGGAGUUGCUGGUGAGCAGUGGAAAUUGCUUCCUGGUCUGAUGAGGUUUGCUGAGUUUCUUUUGGUCUCUGAUCUUUGGAUAGUCACGUUUGAAAUACCAGCAAAAAAUCUGCUCACAGACCCUCUUACCAGGCAGUGGAUGGUGAUAAACUUGUUUCACUGUGGGAACUUGGAGACUUUCUGCUUCUUAGUGACCCUCUGCCCAAGCCCUGCCUUAGUGGGCUCAUGGCAGGCCCCAGCCAAAGCUGACAGCAGGGGCUGUGGGUGCCCGGAUGGGAGCAGGAGAGAGGGAUGGUUGGUGUCCGUAGUUGUGUUCAGGAGAAGGAGGCAAUCCCACAGAAACUACACCAGGCGUGCACAGAUUUUAGGUCUCAGUCCAUCUCUCAGCUGUGGCUCAAGCAGCUUUCUCGACCCAGCCAUCAAAUCCUCUUUUGGCAACUCAGUUUCCCGUGCGGGAAGCGGCCGUGUCGUUGCGCGGGCCAAUCCCUGUCCUGCGGUCACAGAUGUAGCCAAGGUGUGCAGAGCUGCUGCAGCUGCAGCUGCACAUGGGGCUGUGGAGCACAGCCAUCCUCAAACUCGAGCUUUAAGGCUGCAGAUCCACACGGUACCUCCGGAGCUCUCCAGAGGCAUCAGCUGGUACCGAAGGGGAGCCGUCCGUCUGUCCGUCCGUCCUCCCGCAGAGUCAGAAACCAUUGCACUUUGUUUGGUAACUCCUCAGCAUGCUGUGUGUCUGCAGUCCCCACCCGACCUUUCUUGUGUCUCUUAUCAUUUAAUGACAAAUGUUUGUGAGUUGAUUUUUGGUUUUAAUUUACGUUUGUUUUUUUUCAAGGAUGAGCACAGAACAAUUUGCGAUUUCACACUAGUGUUAAAGGAUUUAUUCUGUAGUUAUGGGAAUGGCUAAAGGUGCAGUGAAACUGCUAACCCUGACAUCUUUUUUAUCCCGGAAAGGGGGAAUCAUGGAAAUUUACUGUAUGUAAUUUUAUUGUCUAUUUUAUCUACAGUUUUUCUAUACAAACCUUUCAGGGUUACUGGUGCACUACAGGCCCAUUCUGGAGUUAACCCUCUCCAGAGGGCUUAAACAGAGGUGUUUAAAAUGAAAAUACAUGAAAGAGAGCCAGGUGAGUCCGAGCACUCCCAGCUCCCAUUAGCUGUCUUUGGAACAAACUCUGCAUCUCUCAGGAUCUGACCCUGAGGCCUCAGAGCAGUGUCCCCACAGCUGUUUUCCCCAGCACCACCUGAGAGUUGGAGGAGACAGAAAAUCCUGAAGUUUCAAUUGUAUAUGUAUAGUUGAGAAAAUAAAUCUACACAGUUUGUUUGGUUUUUUUUCAUUUUCUCAGGUCUAAGUAACAUUGCCUUAAAUUUAUGGAUGUGAAAUGAUAAUUAUUUUGGCAGUUUAUCCCCAAGAAAAUGCUUUCUUUUUCCUUCUGAACAAAAUGUGUAAGUGUUGCCAUAGGACUUCCCUAGAAGGGAGGUAAUGCUCUGUUUAUAUUUGGAUAUAUUUGGGGCAUCUUCCUUGCACCUGUAAAUGGCAUCCCGCUGUUAACAAAGCUGUUGGAUUAGCACUGGCCUUUGUUUCCUACUAUGCAGGAAUUCCAUAAAGUGAGUGUGCAUUUUAUAUGAUGUCUGUAACUUAACUUCAUGUGUUUAAAAAAAAAAAAAAAGAGGAAAAAAAAGUAGAAACCUGUUGAUUUUAGGUUUACUGCAUCACUUCUACGUCCUGUUUUUUGUUCGUUCUGCCUUUUUGAAGAGGUAUGAUUAAUAACUACCUCUUGUUUUUUCCUGUAUAGCCUGACUAUGAAUUCAAUUUACAGAGUUGGUGCAGCUGGAGGUGCAGGACAUUCUGCUGCCCCAGGGCUCCCUCCCAGGCAUUCCCAGCUGAGGUGCAAAUUUGCUGCAAGGUGACCACAAGGUGAUGUUUUCCCACGGCUUUGGUAGCAUUCUUCUCUUCCUCUGACCCCUUGACUUCAGUAAUUCAUCCACUCACUGCCAGAAGCCUCAGCUUUUGACACCAACAGCAGUUCAGUUACAUGAAAGGAAAAAAAGUAAACCAAUGGUGAUUUUAUGGGUUGCACUGUGAUCCAUGUAUAAUAUAACCAGGACUGUUUUGAAUAGCCUUAGUCAAUGAGUGAAUUUAAGCUUAAAUUAUUGAGUGAUUUCCUAAAUGAAUGGGAUUCAUCCUCAGCUGAUUAUUUCCUGUGCUGGGAAUGCCUGGUGUGCAGAGGCAGAGCCCUGAUGCUUUGUGCUGCAGAUGGAGCUAAGGGUGCCUUGGAAAACCAGGGCCUGAGACCUUUGCCAAAUAGAUAAGCCAGCCCUGAGGAGGAACUUUACAGCCCCCAUGAAGAUUUAGAGAAGGUGCCCUUCUUCUGUAAAUUGAAUUUCCAUGGUUUUUGCACAUGAAAAAGCAUUGUAGGUAAGGUUAUGAUUUGUACUGGUACUGUCAAUUUGUGUGGUAAUGGCAUUAACCCCGUAGCUGUGGUGUUUGUGCAGCUGAUCUGUGAUAGCUGAUGAUCACUAUUGGACCUUCUGUUUACACUGACUAAAUCCUUUACUGUUGCGUUGUACUGUGAAAGAAGGAUUAUGGGCCUAUAAAAGAUGAUUAUUUUUUUUUUGGAAUUGUGUGUACCGUUUCAUUAAUUCACAUGGAAAUAAAUCUGUAGCAAAGUGACCACGUGCCA